AUUAAAAAUCUAAACAUCUGGCUGGUUAUCAGUUAUUAUUAUUAUUAUUAGCUGCUAACAAAACAUUUUUUCAUCGGAAAUAAUAAGUUUUAUCUUUUUUCUUGCGAGGCAGGUGCAAAUUGUUUCUUCGAAAUGUGUUUGAAAAAAAUAAAAGAAUAUAACAGAAGAAAAAGUUUACAGAAUAUGUCGAAAUAAUGUCGCUGUUGUUGUUGCUGUCUACGUAAUUUCUUUUAUGAAUGUUAGUAAGGAACAUGACAAGAUAGAAGCUUUUAACUGUGAAAGACAUCUUGUCCACAGCUAAAGUCGAAUUCAAAUGGAUACAGAAGCAACAAAAACAGACAAAUCUCGCGUUAACGUGUAUGUUCGUGUUAGACCAUUUCCAUCAAAAAGUGAAACAGUGACGUCAUCUACAUUAUCUUCGACUAAGGACAAAGAGUUAAUUGUGAAGGAUGAGAAGAAUGAAACAAGAUACAUAUUUGAUCACGUGUUUGAUGAAAAUGCAAAUAAUGCAGACGUUUGUGAUGUCAUUUGUGAACCAUUGAUAUCAACAGCUCUGUCAGGAGGUAAUGGAAGUUUCAUGGUGUAUGGACAAACAGGAACAGGGAAAACAUACACAGUUCUCUCAGAUGAUGGAUUGAUUCCUCAAACAAUAGAAAAGUUGCUAAACAACAUCGCCAAGUGCACAGAGUUCUCCUACAGAGUGACGUUUUCAUACUUGCAAAUAUAUCAAGAUCGAAUAUACGACCUACUUUUUAACAACCAAGCUGGAGCGUUGAUUUUACGCGAACAUCCCCAGGAAGGCAUAAUUGUGGAAGGUUUAACAGUUGAAGAAAUAGAAAACUUUCAGGAAGUGAAAAACCUGCUACAAAUUGGAAGAAGAAAAUUAAUCGUUGCGGAAACAAAAAUGGUUCGCUUUUCAAGCAGGUCACAUGCUUUGUGUAUAAUAACUGUGUAUAAAACCAAGAAGCCAUCACAAACAAAUUCUUAUGAGCCAUUCGAUCCAUCUUCAACUGUCAACGCAGAAACUAAAGGAAAAUUAUACUUAUGUGAUCUUGCUGGUUCAGAACGUUUAAAGAAAACAAUGGUAUCAGGAAAAACAUUAGACGAGGCAAAGUAUAUAAACACCUCAUUACUAGAGUUAGGAAAUGUAAUUCACGCAUUGGCUGCGCCAGAUACUCCUCACAUUCCCUUUCGCAACUCGACAUUAACUCGGAUAUUGAAAGAAAGUUUUGGUGGUAAUUGUAAGGCAAACAUGAUGAUUUGCGUUUCACCAUUACAAGAGGAUCUCAAAGAAACAAAAUGUUCGUUGAAUUUUGGACAGCGAGCAAUGUUGGUGAUGAAGUCAUCCAGACUAAAUGUGAAGUCACGCACAGAUUCUCAUUGGUUUAAGAAUCCGUUGUCCAAGAGACGAAAAUCACAAAAGAUUGACUACAAAUCUUUGUCUGAGUAUCUUACAACAAAACUAAAAGAACUAGAAUCUGCAUAUAAGCAAGAAAAGGAAAAUCUUCGUCAUUUAAGAGACAAAAUAAUGAGAAAACAACUUGCACACCAUUUGGAGCAAGAAACAAGUUCAGAAGAAAGUACACCAAAGAAAGAGCAUCAAGCAAGAAGAUUAAGCGUAUUGACCGAAGAAAAUUCUCAAAGUGAUACAGACGUAUUACUAAAUCAAUCGUUAGACAAUAUUGCAAUAAUUGAUGACUUAAAUAAAACUGAAGGAUAUUCCGAAGAAAAUAGUAACUUAGUUAAGCAAAGUAACUCUUUUAAUGCAAAAAAUAUAUAUGAAAAAGAAGAUGACGUCAUAGAUACUAACAUUUCAAAUAUUGACACCACGGACAUCAGUAUUGUUGCAGAAAUCGAAGACUAUGUGGUUAAAAUGACAGAUACAUCAUCUCCAGGAUUGCAGACUGACUUCAGACAAACAAUGGAAAUCUCAUUGCAGACUGACUUACUCGACUCAAAAGAUGACAUGGACAACGAUGAAAGAGGAACUAAGCCACAAACAGGGACAUUUGUCAAUAUUGCUAAUCUUUCCAGACAAAACACGUUUGAUAAUAGCACUCAGACAGUAAAUAAUGAUCACAUUCUAGAAAUAAUUUCACUAAAGACAGAAGAUUGCUCUACCAUAGAUGGACUAACAACCGUGAUAAGUUACGAAAAUGACAUUACAAUCGAUAAGGCCAAAGAUCAUAUUAUAUACAGUACGAUAAAUGAUACCAAAGACACUGCGAUGGAUAAAGAAACAGACGGCGCAAUAGAGAAUAUGACAGGCUGUACGAUAAAUGAUACGAAAGAUGUCACAGUGGAUGUUGCGACAGUCAGUAUGAUAAACGAUAUGACAGGUCCUACGAUGGAUGAACAAACAGACGGUGCAAUCGAGAAUAUGAAAGACUGUACGAAAGAUGAUAUGAAAUAUAGCAUGGUAGAUAGAACAACAUGCGUUAUAGUAGAUGAUGCGACAGAGGGUGCGAUAAAAGAUACGACAGAUGAUGCGACAGAGGGUGCAAUAAAAGAUACGACAGAUGAUGCGACAGUGGGUACGAUAAAAUUUACAACAAAUGUUACGAUGGAUGAUGCGACAGGGGGUACGAAAAAUUAUACAACAAAUGUUACGAUGGAUGAUGCGACAAGGGGUACGAUAAAUGAUACGAAAAGUGCUACGAUAGAUGAUGCGACAUUUGGUACAAUUAACGAUAUGGCAGGUCCUACGAUGGAUAAAGAAACAGACAGUGCAAUGAAGAAUCUGACAGACUGCACGAAAGAUGAUAUAAAAUAUAGUAUAGUAGAUGAUACAACAUGCGUUGCAGAAGUUACGACGGAUGAUGCAACAGACGGUAUGAUAAAUGAUAGAACAAAUUUCACAAUGGAUGAUGCGAGGAAGUGCACGUUAGAUAAUGCAACAGACGAUACGAUGGAUAAUGCAAGGUACGGUACAAUAAAAGAGGCGACAAAAGUUACGAUGGAUGGAUUGUUCCCUAUUACGAUGGAUGAUGCGAGAGACAUUACAUUAGAUGAUGCAAAAGGCAAUGCAAAGGUUGCCAUGACAAAUACAGAUACAACUGGAAACGUGCACUUAGAAAGUAAGAAGAUUAUGCAAGUUGAUAACAUCAAACCAAUAACGAUAGGCUCGAAUAUGGAUUAUAUUGAUGGAACAUCUAAGAUAACAAAAAAUAAUGAGGAUAAUAAAGAUAAUGAAGAUAUAAAGGAUAAAAUGGAUGAAAAAUAUACGCAGGGACACAGUGAACAGACACUGUCAAAUAACACAUGUUCGUUUGAAUUCUGUUCUGCUACAGUUGGUAAUGAUGGUAAAACUAAAGUAGCUAAAAUACUUCAAUCACCAUCAGAAGAAUAUAAUGGUUUGUGUGGAACAAAACGAAGGUUGUAUGACACAAGUCACGCUCAGAUUGAUAGUUUUUCCAGAAGAUCAUCAAGUGGCACCGGUAAGAUGCGUAAUAGAGUCUCCACUUCGAGUCUGGACUCCGAAUAUGAACAUUUUUUCCAAAAGGAUACUAAGUAUGCCAAAAAAUCAUUACGAAAAGUGAAGACUAAAUACGAGGCUUUACUUCGUCAGUUUGAAGAGCUAGCAAGUAAUGAACAAGCGGAUAUUAAUGAGGAGUUCUCAAGUACAAAAACAUGUUACGAUCUCAUAUUACAAUUUAAGAGGGAGUUAGAAGACGAUCUGUUGACAGCAAGAGAACAAUUAAAUGUAGAAAUUGGAGAUGAAGAUGAAACGCAAGAAAGAGAUUGCUUGACACCAGUACUGUUUAUGGAUGAUUCCAAAGGAAUGAUUAACAGGGAAGACGCUAAAGCUAUAGCUGGUGCCCUAGAUUUAGAAUCUACGACCAUCUCACUUACAACGAAACCCGAAGAACUGUAUGAGAAGCAGUGUAUACAAGCGGAAGAUAAAAAUAACAAUGACGUAAAGAUUGACCUACGUAAUGAAUUUUUAACCUCUGUUAGAAGUUUUCCAAACGAAGUUAAAACGUUAGGUGAAGUAAGUACUGACUCUAAUCAAGGUGUGAUGAAUAGCAGUAGUGAUAGAGAACAGAACACACCAUCAAUCGUGCAAGAAGGUGAAAUAAAAACAAAAAUUGAGGUUCGGCAAAAUACAAAUCAAGAAGAAAUAAUAUUUGAAGAUAAAAAAAGAGAAAGAAAGAAAGAGAAACGAAGAGAAAAUAUAACAUUGGCUGCAAUCGAAAAUGCUGAAAUUAAGAAAGAGUUACUACUAACGAAAUUAGAGAAGAUCCGAUUGGAAGCAGUGUUAUCAUGUGUCAUGAUGAACAACGAGUCAGUUGACAUGACAAAAGAAUUUAAACAGCUGUCACAAAAUUCCAUGAAGAGAUUGACAACGUCAAGAUCAACCUUGUCAUCUUCAGCAAGUUGUGCGCAAUUGCCAACCAGUUCCAGUGGAGCAGUCCAUCAGAGUUACACCAGUCCAUUUAAAAAAUACAGUUAUGCUGACAGGUUUCCAGCAAUUUCUAAUAAUUCUUCUUAUGGAUCUGAGACAACAUCAGUGUUUACGCCUUCAGGUUUAACGCCAUCUACCUCAACGCCCACAGUAAGAAAGAAAAAAAGUACUGCAUCGAUCACGAAAUCAGUGCAAACGGAUACCGUUGCACACUGGUUGAUGAAUGACGGUGAAUCAACCACAGACGCAACAAGUUCAGAGUUUGACAUAUCUUCCAUGUCUGAUAUCAGUAGCCCGGGUUUGAUGAGACGAAUGAGUCCAUGUGGUCAAGCUAACGACGACCUCAACAAUAUUGACUUCUCAAUGGAUAUGGAGAAUCUGGAUAAUAUGCUUUUGCAAUAUCGGAAAAAAGAGAAAUUCUCAAUCUCUUGCCUUUCGUUUUUUCGCAAAAGACAGAUAAAGAAACGGCUGAAAGAGCUGGAGAAGAGUCAGUUUUCAUCAACGAAGAAGUGUUAAAACGUUUGAGAAAAUGUCUCAUCUUGGAAUCAUUUUUUCGAAUACGGAAUACUUUGAUUGCACUUCUUCUCCCUGCUCAUUUGAGCUUUUUUUCCAUUAGUUGAUAUGAAAUGCUUGUUUUUGCGACUUUAAUUUUCAAAUAAUUUGAAAAAACUGGUAUUAUUUCGUUCUUUGACCCUUUUUAAGGGUGAUUUAGACGAGCUAUUUCGAACAUUCUCUACAAAACGAAAGAUUGUCAACCGUAGAUUAGGAAUAUUUUAUGUAAAUUAUAUAAAAAAGUUUUCUUGAAUUUGUAUUUUAAUAUGCAGAGAAUAGUAAUUUAUUUAAUGUCAGAAAGAACAUAAAACCCGUAAAUGAGUAACUCCAGAUUAUUAACCGUCUGCUGCAUUGUGUUAAGUAAAUCUGAUUGGUUAAAAGUUAAUAGCGCGUCAGCUUGAAAUUGAAAUAGGACAAGAUUCGUUCUAUGGAAAUCUAUCAAAUUUAUAAAUUUAUACUACAACUGCUACAAUAUUAUUUAACUAUAAGAAAUAAAUAAACUUUUUGAAAAUCUACAAAAAAGAUUUUUCUUUUCUUUUCUUUUAAAAAGAAGCCGAUAAUUUUUCAGAAGGGACUGAAGGGAAAUUAGUUCAAAUUAUGAAAGAGAAAACGGUAACCUUAAAUUUGUUCCGAUUACGGAGAUAUUCGAAUUAAACAGAUCAACAAUAAUCUAAUGUUUGUUUUUCUCUUCAUUGAAUAAACUGUCGGACAUGUC